AAAACGAGUCGUCUGCGCGUUUCGGCGACACUCGGUUUCUCUGACUCGGUCAACUCGGUAACCGCACUACCCUCGCGCUUCGACAGCCACCACGCUUUACUUUGCUCUGUAAUUGUCGACUUGCGACCCACAAGCUGCCAAUGACAAUAUUUCCGUCCAAACUGACUCCUAACGGCGUCAAGUGUUUGCCGUUGUUUCUUCGCGGCACCGUGGUAAAAGGUUUCGGUCGAGGCAGCAAGCAGUUGGGCAUACCCACCGCCAACUUCUCGCAAGAGCUUGUGUCAAAAAUCCCGGCGGACCUGGAUUGUGGAGUCUACUACGGCUGGGCUUCUGUCAACGACGGGCCCGUCAACAAGAUGGUGAUGAGUGUUGGCUGGAACCCGUACUACAAGAACGAGAAAAAGUCUGUGGAAACUCACAUCAUGCACAAGUUUGACCAAGACUUCUAUGGGGCAAUGCUCAAAGUUGUGGUGCUGGGCUUUCUGAGACCUGAAAAGAACUUCAGCUCUCUAGAUGAGCUAAUUUCAGCAAUCAAAGCAGACAUACGGAAUGCCGACGAAAACCUGGACCGCGAGGAAUGGCGGCGAUUCAAGGGCCACAGGUUUUUCACCGAGAACGUUGCAAAUGGCACCGACGUCGUGCGCCAGGAGACGUGAUGCUGGAAUUUUUAGAGAAAUUUUCCAAUUGUCCCCACCACCGUUUCGUAUGUUCCUUACCGCGACGAUGCACGCUAAGUUAUUUGUAUCAUUUUUCUUCCAUCACCUGUCCAAAAUUCAAGCACAUUCCUUGUCUCCCCGGUGUAGUACAUUUAAGAAGAUGUGUAUUUUUUGCGGAAGUGAGUGGAUUAUUAUCGUGAGACUCUUUGGCCUCCUCGUGAAGAAAUUGAUGAAGAGGUACAAGAAUGGAAGGUGCUUACAGAAACCUUGCACUUAAUUACCAUCUUCUUGCAUCCAUUGUCUCCACAGAAACUAAAUUAUUUGUAUCAUUCUUUCAUUGUUUGUUCAAAUUAAAACAUCAAUUAUAGCGCAUCCAAGUAAUGCAUUUGAGAUAAUUUUCUUUAAGUGCAGGUUCAGUAAGAUACCUUCUACUGUUAGUAUAUGUUUCAUUCGAAAGAUUGAUUAUUUAAGAACAGUAUUUAGAUCCUAGAUUAUAUGUGGCAGCACAUGUUAUUUACAAACACUGGUGUUGAGUUGUUUUAUGUUGAAGGAAGCAGUUGAAAGUGCACUAAUAUUCCUGUCUGUUUUUGCCUACGACUGUUGUCUCGGCCGGCAAUAUGCUAGAGAAAGCUGACUGCAGAAUCGCACGAAACGACGCAACUGUAAUUGCCAUGUUGUGAGUGGAAGUUUCGAAGCAGUUUAGAAACAAAGGUACUAGUUUGUCAGCGUAAGUCUGUUAUUCAUCCUGUCCUGAGAAAGCUUAGCCCAUCACUGUCAUGAUUCAGCUCAUGAUGACAAAGAAUCGUAUGUGUUAAGGAAAAAAUAUUAAAACAUCAAGAUUUCAUGUGAACUCUUUAUGGCAAGUUUUACCAGCCACGACUGAACGAGGGUCCAAUGCCAUUGCAGAGACCUCAACAAGCAAGGAUGAGCUAAUUAAUGUUCAUGUGUCAUGCAGCACCCAUGUAUUUCAUGUUCACUCAAGAUAUUAAAACUUGCAAGUGCGUUCCUUCAUGCUGUGAAGGAUCACAUUGAGUAAAAUAACAUGCGCUUUAGACGUUCAUUGCUUAUUUCUGUCAUUGUUGACAUACAAGUACUGUAAUGUAAAUCUGCCAUGCUUUUUAAUUUUGAAAUCAUGACAAUGUAACUUGAGAUGACUGUGAACAUUUUCUGAUGAGCUGUAGCACACCUUUUAUGCCCUGAUUUUGGUUGAGCAUUCUUUUAAUUUUAUCAUCUCUGUGAUUGUGAAAAAUGUUUAUGUAUUAAAAAGUUAGAAACAUUUUUAAACAUCAUUAGUUAACCAGUUGUUUAAUCAUGUUCUAGAGUUUUGACUUGCUGCAUGGAAGUAGUCUUGUAAAGUUAACAUAAGCGCAUUUGGUACGUAUUGUGGUCGAGUAGUCAUUGGCGGCACAAAUCAUCGGAGAGAAGUUUGCAAAUGCCAAUGUAAUCGACAGCUUAUAACA